CUAGGAGGUGGAAAGUGAAAAAGGGGCUGAUUCCACCAGCCGCACACAAGCGAAGCCGGUCUCGCCUGUGCAGCCAGCAGCCCGAGCCGAGAUCGAUCAGCAGCGCGAUUCCUCUCUCCUCCAAAACUUUUUCUUUGGCGACGUCUCCAAGUCCCUCUGCGCGCCUCUCCAAAGUCGCCUUCCUUCCCGAUGUAGAGAAGAGGAGCGCCCACCCCUUGUACCAGCCAGUUCCCUCCGAUCUCCACAACCCCCCACCCUCCCACCUCAACCCGGACUUUUGCAAGAGGGGUCGACCUGGUCCCCGAGGGGGAGAAGGCGGCGGACCCCGGAGGAGUCCCUCCGCCGCGCGGGGACAGGAAGAAGAGCUUUCUCGGCGGCGCGAGGGUCUUGCCCCGGAGGGGGGCGCCGCCGCGGACGUCUCCGCCGUCGGGCUCCUCCUCGGCGAGGGCGAUGGUGGCGCUGCUGCUGCCGCCGCCCGCCUUGCUGGCCGCCCUAGGCGGGCUGUUGGCGAGCUGGGCGCCGCCGGCCGCGGGCGCGUCUUGCGAGCCGGUGCGCAUCCCGCUGUGCAAGUCGUUGCCCUGGAACAUGACCAAGAUGCCCAACCACCUGCACCACAGCACGCAGGCCAACGCCAUCCUGGCCAUGGAGCAGUUCGAGGGCUUGCUGGGCAUCCACUGCAGCGCGGACUUGCUCUUCUUCUUGUGCGCCAUGUACGCGCCCAUCUGCACCAUCGACUUCCAGCACGAGCCCAUCAAGCCCUGCAAGUCCGUGUGCGAGAGGGCCCGCGCCGGCUGCGAGCCCGUGCUCGUCAAGUACGGCCACGCGUGGCCCGAGAGCCUGGCCUGCGACGAGCUGCCCGUCUACGACCGAGGCGUCUGCAUCUCCCCGGAGGCCAUCGUCACGGCCGAGGGAUCCGAUUUCCCUAUGGAGUCUAAUAAUGGCAACUGUAGAGGCGCCGGCAAUGAGCGCUGCAAAUGCAAGCCAAUAAAAGCAACCCAGAAGACUUAUCUUCGGAACAAUUACAACUACGUCAUUCGAGCUAAAGUGAAGGAGGUGAAGACCAAAUGUCACGAUGUCACCGCAGUAGUGGAAGUGAAGGAGAUACUAAAAUCUUCCUUGGUGAACAUUCCUAGGGACACUGUAAACUUGUACACAAACUCUGGCUGCCUCUGCCCACCUCUCAGUGCUAACGAAGAAUACAUCAUCAUGGGUUACGAAGACGAAGAGCGCUCGAGGUUGCUCUUGGUAGAAGGCUCCAUAGCUGAGAAAUGGAAGGAUCGACUUGGUAAAAAAGUCAAGCGCUGGGAUCAGAAACUCCGCCACCCUGGGAAGGGCAGAAACGAACCUGGACAAAGCGAUUCUGCUAAAAAACCCAGCAGAAGCACCAACCCACGGCAAAGGCACAACUAGGUGCAAAAAUGUCACGUGUCAGGAAAAAUAAUAAUAACGAUCCACGGACUUCUAUAAAUUAAAAGACUUGCCUUGUUGGAGCAGCCAAGAAGAAAUUGCACUAUUGCACGUUGUAUUCUAUUGUUUACUAUGAGAUCAUGUUGUAGUCCAGAUUAGUUUUAUCUUCUUCUUGUGUUUUCUGGCCCCUUGUAUUUGUAGGAGUAUAGACACGCAGAUUUUUUUAUUUUUAUUUUUGGUAUAUUAUCCUCACAAAUAUCUGUGGACCAUUUCUAUGAGAGAGGGGGUUUUUUUUUCUUUUUUGAAAAAAAAAAGGCAAAUGUGACACGGUUAGCAGGUGGCCAGGGUCACUGUUUGUCCAUAGUCAACUGAAUCUGUGUAUGCGCUCUGAACACAUGCAAUAUUCAAGUUGCCCCAUUCUGUUUAGCAGAGGGACUUGUUGCGUUCAUGCAUUGUCUUCUAUGCAUAAACCAUGGGCGGGUCGCUGCAGAGGUCUGGAAUGGAAACAGUGACGCAGGGUUGGGUCAGAUCACCUUCUCUGACUGUAGGCAAAAGCUAUGUGCAGUGAAGGAGUGAGAUUGUGCCUUAUAUGCCCUCUCACCAGGCGCACCCCAGCUUGCUGCAGAUUAUUUACAUAGGGUUUAUGUGUCUAAAUUUCAGUAUGUGCAGGCCCCAAGUGUUUAUCAUUCCAGGCUGGGGAGCAACUGUGUGAUCCAGUCCUUUGUGCGACUGAGAUCUGGGCCGGAGGGUGCAUUUUGGUUCCCCUACCACGCUCAGCGCCUAUAUUUGGAAUUCGGAAUUCGGCGAAAUCAUCUGAACAGUCACACAGACAUUCAGACCCUGAAAUUUCCUGUGUUUGGAAAACGAAAGGGCCAAAUGUAUACAUGACUUGGGAACUGCAGGGGUUAACAGUCAAAAUUUCAAAAGGGAAGACAAGAUGACUUGCAAGUUUAGCAAAGCGGGCAAGAGAACGUUGGACCAAGCAUGGCAUAACAUUUCCUGCAUUUUGUAAUUAAUCUGAGCAAGGUGGAGGUUCUGUUACCUGUUAAGAGUUCACCCUCCCACCCCCCUCAACCUGUUAAAACCCUUGUUGACAGUAUGGAAAAGAAGGAUUAUACCAAGAGAUUAUACCAAGAGCUCCGUACCUAUUGGAGCAGGUCUGUUAGAUGUCGAUUCCUCUUCAAUAAACCACUCACAUUAAGUCUAGCUUUAAAACGUUGACCGUGACAAAUGCCGCACGGAGGACUCGCUUCUGAACGUCUUAAUCCUUGUGGGAAAGGUUUAUAGAAUUGUGAAGUCUUGCCAGAAGUUAUGUUAAACUUGCUCCCCCUGCCCCUUCUUUUGUUGUGGAGCCACAGGAGUAGACUAUCUUCACCAGGCCUCCUUUUGGGUAGAAGCCUGCGCUGUGUCAUUUCCACAUUGUAGCUCUGAUUGUGUUUCGGUGGCUCCAUUCAACAGCAGCGUUCAAUGGUCAGCACUGGAGAUUCAAUAACUGAAUAAUGGCUGCUGCUAUGAACAUUACAGCCAAGCACCAUGCCACGUUUCUCAGUGAACAGAGACUUUAUCCUGACAUUCGUUUCCCUCCCUCCCCUUUCAGGAAAUGUACAUUUCAAUAGCUUUUUGACAUAUUUCAGUUCCAAUCGUCUCAUCCUUUAAGCUUUUCCGUAAUGGUGCCAAUAGUUGGGAAAAUGUAAUUUUGCCUCUUACUACUACUACUAUUAUUUUUAUAUUAAAGUACGGAAAUAUCAGUAGAAUACUGAACUAAAACAAAUCAAAUAUUUUAGCAGAAAAUAAAAACA